AUGAACGACGACAAGGUAGAUGAAGCUCUGAAAACCUUGCAUCAGAUCUGCUAUCUUCUCUGGAACGCCAAUACUGGCAUUAUUCCAGCUGAAGAGCUCGCCCGUCUGCCGCUGUCACUUGUAACACUUGAUCAUCAGUCUGUUGUUCCCGGGGUGAACGUGCAAUACUUUAUUCCGUGGAGCGAGAAAGAGCUACAGCAUUACGAAAGAAAUCUUACGCCCGAGGAGGGGAAUGAAAGAAUCUCAUGUGAGGAUCGUAUCCUCAAAAACGGAUGUCGGAUGGGAUACACUUUGUCCAGGCCAUGGGGGAGCGGUGGGGAAUGGGCGGAAACAAUGUGUUCACGAUUUGUUACGGAAGUGGACAUUGCACCCCGAAAAGGCACUGAGAACGAUGAGCUGCCCUUGAAAGCGCUAACUGGGUGGAGACAUUCCACGGCAAUCCCUGAUGACCCCCCGAUUCCACAGCCAUGGUUCAUACAGAGGGAAUGUUACGAAUGGGGCCCAUGUUGUUACUGGACAUUGCGCGGCAAUGAACACCCACAUGUCAAGGCCUCGAUGUUUCAUGGUGUUGAUGGUGAAGACGGGAUGAUUUUAAGGGAAGAGGUCAUGGUUAUCAUCCUUGUGAUGAUCAGUCGACUGCUGGAUGAAAAGUUCGAAAAGCAUGCUGUCGUCCCUGUUAUGCUGUUCUCAUUCCUACGAAACCAUCAGGGUCAUAUUCUCUUCGCUCAUUGCCUGGAGAAUAAACUCGUUGUCGAGAUGUCGCCUCUAUAUCCUUUCAAUGUCGGAGAAGAGGGAUGGGAUGAAUUUUUGACUCUGUUUACGCGCUAUCAGGUAGCUAGACCUUCGUUAUUGGAUACAACCAAUUUUCCAGCGGGAAAUGAUAAUGAAGAUCUAGGAUGGUUGUUACUUGAUAGUAUGUAG